AUCUUGAUUCCGUUCUUGUAGUUGUACUACUUUUCCACUAUCCACGACUGUCAGAAUCAGAACCAGAACCUGUACUGUUCUACUAUUGUAAUCUGUAAUUACAGAGUAUUGUUUCUUUUAUGUGUCAGUCUCAUUCAUUGUAAUCAGAGUAUUAAAAUUUAAUUUCAGUAAUAAAACAUCUAGUACGGUAUAAACACUGACAUACGAUAUGACUGCAUUCUGAUAGCUUUGAAUUAAUUUAUUAUUGUAUUUUAAUAAGUGUUCUAAAUCAACCUAAUAAUAUUAAUAUUUGACCAUGGCUGUCAACAAUAAUGGAAGCUCCGAUUGUCUGAGCUUGAUUAGGCAAUCCCUCCGGUCUCCUAAUAUGGAAAUUCAGGGCACUCACUUCGACGGAAACCUUACGCAUAUCUUUGUAACUUUUGGUGCGUCUGGAGACUUGGCCAAGAAGAAAACAUAUCCAACACUUUGGUGGCUAUUCAGAGAUAACUUGCUCCCAACAAAUGUCUACUUCUACGGCUAUGCACGGACAAAAAUGUCUGUUGAGGAUCUUAGAUCAAAAUGUCAUCAAUAUAUGAAAGUGAAACCGGAAGAGGAGGAAAGAUAUGAGGAGUUUUGGAAGUUGAACUAUUAUUAUCCGGGUAGCUAUGAUUCGAGAAAAGAUUUUGAAAUGUUCAAUCAAGAAAUUUCCAAAAAAGAACCAAGGACUGGUGCAAAUAGACUGUUCUAUCUUGCAUUACCACCAUCUGUGUUUGAUGUUGUAACCGUCCAUCUACGAAACACAUGUCUUUCAACCACUGGGUGGACAAGAAUCAUUGUAGAAAAACCUUUUGGAAAGGAUGCGGUGUCCUCUGAACGUCUCUCAGAGCACCUGGGAUCGUUGUUCAAAGAAGAGCAGAUCUAUCGAAUUGAUCAUUAUCUUGGGAAAGAGAUGGUGCAGAAUCUGAUGACUUUGAGGUUUGCCAACCGAAUUUUCAGCCCCACUUGGAAUCGAGACAGUAUCGCCUCUGUUCUUAUCACUUUCAAAGAACCAUUUGGAACUCAAGGAAGAGGUGGAUACUUCGACGAGUUUGGUAUCAUUAGAGAUGUUAUGCAGAACCAUCUGAUACAAAUAUUGAGUCUGGCUGCCAUGGAAAAACCAGCUAGCAUUCAUCCAGAUGACAUUAGGAAUGAAAAAGUGAAAGUGUUGAAAUGCAUUCCACCCGUGGACUUGGAUGACGUUGUUCUGGGCCAAUACGUUGGUGAUGCGAAUGGUGAGGGGGAUGCUAAGAUGGGAUAUUUGGACGACCCGACUGUGCCCAGGGGAUCCAACACGCCAACUUAUUGCAUGGCCGCAUUGAACAUCAACAAUGAACGGUGGGAUGGAGUUCCAUUCAUUCUUCGUUGCGGAAAAGCACUGAAUGAAAGAAAAGCCGAAGUGAGAAUACAAUACAAGGACGUUCCUGGAGAUAUAUUUGAUGACAAGGCGAAAAGAAACGAACUAGUUAUGAGAGUGCAGCCAGGAGAAGCGGUUUACAUCAAGAUGAUGACAAAGACACCUGGAAUGACUUUCGAUAUGGAGGAAACUGAAUUGGACCUGACUUAUGGAAGCCGAUACAAGAGUAUCAAGAUGCCUGACGCCUAUGAGCGGCUCAUCCUCGAUGUGUUCUGCGGCUCUCAGAUGCAUUUUGUCAGAUCGGACGAGUUGUCAGAAGCGUGGAGAAUUUUCACUCCUCUACUUCAUAGGAUAGAGAAGGAGAAGAUCGCACCCACCCCUUAUGUUUAUGGCUCUCGUGGACCCAAGGAAAGUGAUGACCUUCUCAAGAAGUGUGAUUUCAAGUAUUACGGCUCCUAUAAAUGGGUUCAGAAUUGAAUGCUUUAUUUUGCUUUAUGGCCUGGGGAUACAUUUUUCAUCAACAUAGUAUUUUAAAUGUUUACUACUUAAUUUUGAAAAAUUUUAUCUAUCUUGUGAAACGAUCACAACACAAUUCCUUCUUGUAAAACUAUCUUCGACGAUUCAAUGAAAUUAAUGAAAAUUUUGACAAUUCAGUUGAUAUUCUUGUAGUUGUUAGUUAUUUAUUGAGUUGAAACUCAUGAAAUGUUAAAGUUAUUCUCUCUCUGUUGUGUUCAAACUGUUCUCUAAUUGUUGUUGAUAUUAAAUUGUUAUAUAAAUUUACAUCAUGCUCAAAGCUGAUUCCUAGCAAUAAAAGACAUUGUCCUACUUAAACAUUCCAUUUUAUAAUUAUAGCGUUUUAUGAAUCAUUGUUAAUGGUAGAAUUCUAUAAUUUUUAAAGACAAUUUGUACACUUUCGCCCCUAGAUUAUUUUUAAAUCUACUAAUUCUAACAUUUACUGAACUAAAUGUAUGUUGAAGAUGAAAUUUCCAAUAAAAUGUUAUUUCGUCAUUCGCUCAUUCUAGUUCGAAUAUUUUUACCAAUUCAACUAUCAAUAUAAAUUCGUAUUGGUAUAAAAUGCGGAAGUAUGGCCGUUGAAUAUAGUUAGUGAUAGAAUAACCUCCGUUCAAAAAGAUGUUGCCUAUGAAUAUUGUUACAAUUUGAAAUAUUUAAUAUACAUGAUGAGAAAUAUUCGUUCUUUACUCAUUUCUCUUUUAGAGAAACUUCCUUCAUCAGGUAUUUUGUUAAUAAAAUGACUCAUUUUCAAAAGUUACAUGAUAUUAUAUUAUGUUUGUUAAAGAAGAUAAUAGACUGUAAACCGUUUUGAUUUUGUGUAUGGCUUUUAUUCGUCAGGGGUUUGUUAAUUGGUAAAUUAAUUUUAACGAGCUUGAUUCAUCAUUAAUACUAAUAAAAAACCUGUGGCUUGAAAUUCAAACAGGAAUUCUUCAGGAUUGUGUCGUGUAUUGAUGAAGUUCGCGUUAGCUUACUCAUUUCAACACAAUAGAAAGGAACAUAUCAUGUGAGAAAAAAAUCAAAUUAUUUUGCCGCAAUAAUUAUAGACAGUAUAAAUUUAUUUAAAACAUACAUUAUAAUGUUCAUUAUUAUUCAUACAUUACUACAACCUUUCUUCAAGUAUAUAAUUUAGAGUUUGUGCUUCACUAUCCUAAUAAGAAACGAAUUCUUUGGACAUGAACACUAUGGAAUACAACAACAAUGCACUAACAAUCCAGUAUCCUAAACUUUUUGCUGUCAUUUUGGUUCAAUUGAAGGAAGGUAGGACUAUGCCUCUUUCACCCAAAAUUUUUCUAGAUUGUGCUGAAAUAUUUUUCUCCAUGUAAUGAGUAACUUUCAAUACAAUUUCAAGACCUCCUCCUAUUCUAAAAAAUCGUUGUAUUUUUCACUCUUAAAUUUAUCAUGAGGAUACUUUGGGUACUACUUUUUACUCCUAAAUGGUAAGUAACAUAAUUGAAAUAUUGAAUUAACAACUCGGAUGAGAGUUAUUUUUUUAAUGAGGACUUGUGGAAAAGAGGUAUGGGUUCCAUUAAUGUUCAAUUGGUUAAAUUUAACUCAUGUUAAAUAUUUAUAUUCAUUGUACCUUAUUGAUUAUAAAUUUAAUCUUGUAUAUGGAACUUGAAUAAUUUUGAACUCACAAUUUCGAAGAUUGUCAUUAAAAAUUAUUUACACAUCUCUGAUGCCUAUCGUGAAUGAAUAAAAUUGAGUUAUAUUGGAAGAAAAUGUUGAUGAAAGUAUAAAAGUUGAAUUGAAUUGAUUUAUAUUCUCUAAACAAAUAAUGCUAUUUCUUUCAUUUCCAUUUUGGGUGAGACUGAAAAGAAUAGAAGAAUGAGUAAAUAUAAUUUCUAUUAAUAAUUUAUUUUAAAAUAUACAGUAAUUCAAAUAAUGUAAAAACAAAGUAUCAUGAGACAGAAUGUUUUUGAUUAAUAUUUUUUACAUGAUAAUACUGAAUUAAAGCAAUUAAAGAUUAGCUAAGAGGGAUGGAAAUUGGCACCAACGUUUUUUUUCACUGCAUGAGAUUUAGUUGCAAUAAGAAAAUGAUCAAUUUGUUCGACUUAGAGAAUAAACCAUUAUAAAAUAAAUAAUAAUAUCUUAGCAAUAAUAUUAUAUUAUUUUAUAUUAUAAUUAUACAAUAAAAUAAUUGAAAAAUUUCUCUCUAGAGAUGAAUCCCAUUCCGAGUUCUAGAUAAUUACUCAGCAGUUUCAA